AUGGAGCUCACAUUUCCCGUCUUCCGGGGGUCCGCCAACCAGAGGAUCAUCCCAGACACGACUAAUCGAAAACUCGGAGCCAACGAGGUGUACAUCGAAACCACCCAUUCAGGGCUCUGCGGUACGGACGAGCACUUUAUGCACAAUGGUCUGGUGCUUGGACACGAAGGAAUCGGGAUCGUGAAGCACGUCGGCCCGGAGGUCACCUCCGUUCGCGUUGGAGACCGAGUCGGAUUUGGAUAUGUGCGAAAGACGUGCCGUGCAUGUAACCAGUGUCUUACGGGCUGGUCCCAGUACUGCCCCGACGGACGCAUGUACCUGACGCACGACCACGACCUCGGGUCCCUCAGCCAUGGCACAGUCUGGGACGCCGACUGGGUCUUCCCUAUCCCGGACGGGUACGAUUCCGCCUACGCCGCGCCACUGCUCUGCGCCGGCGCCACCGUCUGGACCUGUCUGACGCAGUACAACAUCCGACCCGGCCAGCGCGUCGGCGUCCUCGGCAUCGGCGGCGUCGGCCACAUGGCCAUCAAGCUGGCAAACGCGAUCGGAUGCCACGUGGUGGUGUUCUCGCGCACCGAGGGCAAACGACAGGAAGCCCUGGAUUUUGGGGCCGCGGAAUUCCACCUUUUGGAGAGCUUCGAACCGGUACAGCAUCUUCUGGUAUGCGGGCAACCGGGGAAGAGUCUGGAUACAUUGGUCCCGUUGAUGGCCAAUAAUAGCACCAUGUUCUUUAUCACAGCGGCCCUCGAACCGAUCGAGGUCUCUUUCGCGCCCCUGAUCCAGCAUGGAAUAUGCAUUCAGUCGUCCUUUAUUGCCUCCCGCCAGGUCGUGCUGGAUCUGCUGGGGUUUGCCGCUCGGAAGAAGAUCUACCCCACCAUCAUGGAGUUUCCGCUGACACAAGCGGGGAUAGAAGAAGCGAUGCAGAUGCUCAAGAGUGGGAAGAUACGGUACAGGGCUGUUUUGCAUCGUUGA